AUGUCUGGCUUCAUGUCUUUACCAAAAUCUAAAUCAAUUUACAGGUCCCUUCAACAUUCCCAUCUUCACUGGAACCUUUCGUCCAUAAACAAUAACCCAGGAAGAGGCAUACGGUCCGGGGUGAGGUCUCCUUGUACUCUUGCUCGCAGGAGGUACGGACUGGUGAAAAUUCAGGCCAAGCUUUGCAGGAGCACUAUGGAGGCGAUGCCCCACGUCCAGAACGCCGCCAUGUUGGCCUCGGAAACCUGCAGGAACGUGUUCAAACACAGAAGGUGGAACUGUUCCUCGAUUGUCACAGCUCCAUAUCUCACACCAGAUUUAACCAGAGCCACACGAGAACAAGCGUACGUUUACGCCAUCAGCUCGGCGGCGCUGACUUUCACGAUGGCCCGUGCAUGUUCCAGCGGGUCCCUGUACCACUGCACGUGUGCCAGCAAGCCCAGCAGCCCCACGAACGGGCAGUUCCAGUGGGGUGGGUGCGGGGAUAACAUCAAAUGGGGGACGCAGUUCGCCAAGCGGUUCAUUGACAACGUGGAAAAGUACACGCUGGAGAAGAGCGGGACGAAGGCGAAGAGGCAUAGCGGCAAUGGGAAAACUGAGGAAGGAGAGAAGAUGGUAACAAACGAGGUGGCCGCCGUUAACUUGCACAACAACAGGGUAGGCAGAAAGGUAAUGGCUGAAAGCCUACAAACGCAGUGCAAGUGCCAUGGCGUUUCCGGAUCCUGUAACAUAAAGACUUGUUGGAAAGCACUUCCACCUAUGUUGGUGAUUGGUCAAAAGAUUCUCCAAAAAUACACUAACGCUAUUGAGAUCCCGAAGGCUUCGCUGGAGAAGGGUUUGCCAGAAAGCGGGUCCAAGAAAAAUAAGAACAAAUCUCUCAAAUCUCAGCAACUGAUUUAUCUUUCAAAGUCGCCUGAUUAUUGUACAAAAGACGAGAAGCUGGGCAGCUUUGGCACCGUGGGAAGGCAAUGUAACGUGACCUCCAACGGUCUAGAGAGCUGCAGGCAGCUUUGUUGUGGACGGGGAUACAGAACUGUUGUGGAUGAAAAAAUUGAGCGGUGUCAGUGCAAGAUCUACGGCUGUUGCUACGUUAAAUGCAAGAUAUGUAGAAUGAUGACUCAAGUUUAUGAAUGCUUAUAA